GGAGCAGGACCUGGUCAGAUCUUGGGAGCUUGGGGUGUUGUCCAAGAUCACCUUGUGGCAGGAGGAGCUGUGGGACACACUUGUCCCUGGAGGGUGCCCCUGUCCCCUCCAUGGCCUGGGGGAUGGCAGAAGCCCCUUGUGAGGAAAGUACAGAGGCACCAUCACUGGUCCCAGGGAUUUCAUGCACUGCCCUGUGCAGGGUGGGGAAUUGGGGCUUGCCCAAGGGGGGCCAUCUAGCACCUUCUGRSGUGCCCUGGGUGGCCUGGAGUGGGUGCUGGGGCUGAAAAACCUUCUGGACUUGUGCAACGCCUUGAGACAACCCCUUUCCAGGGCACCCAGAGCCUGCAGGAGUUGGCUGAGAUCAAAGCUGAAUUGAAGAAACAAAGCAAGUCCUGGUGUUUUGAAAGCUGAAAUCGUGUUUUCCUUCCUGCCACAAAUGUAAACCUGGCAAAGGAGCAAUGGUGCCUAACUGUCCUGGGAGGAGGACUGCCCCAAAUCAGGCCAUCCCACCUCCCAGUGUGAGUGGGAACUUGCUUUGUUUGCACAGGGGGAGAAUCCGCUGCUGUGAUGGAGCUGCUGCAGCAGAGAGAAGAGAGAAGGACCAAUUUCAGCCUCAGGUACACCGAAGACAGAAAGGUGAUCACUGGGGUCACCGUGGUGCUACUUCUCACUGUCACCAUCAUCGUACUGGCGGCUAAGAAACACCCACCCUGCACCACUCCCACUCUAGCCAGGUGCCUGGACAGUGGGAUUGGCUUUGGAAACAAGUGCUUUUACUUCUUGGAGAAGGAAGUGGACUGGGAAGGGAGUCAGCGCUCCUGCCUCUCCCACCAAGCCCACCUUGCUACCAUUGACACCAGGGAGGAGCUGCAUUUCCUCCUGCGCUAUGGGAACUUCAAGGAGUACUGGGUUGGUCUCCAGAGAGAAGGUUCUGGACCUUGGAAAUGGCUCAAUGGUUCCCUCUUUGGUGCUCUGUUCGACAUCCAGGGCAAUGGCCAUUGCGCCUAC